AUGCCGCGGCUCCUUUACCCACUGUCACUCCUGGUUCCCCGAGUGUUAGCCCCACAGAACCCCAACAGAAUCUCCACCAACCCUCCAACGGAUGGGCCCACAGACGCCCCGACUCCUAUACCCACUGUCACUCCUGGUUCCCCCAGUGUUAGUCCCACAGCUCCAGCACCAACGAAGGCUCCCACACAAGCACCUACUAUGGCAGGAGCACCCACGAAAUUGCCUACAAAAGCACCAACUGUGCUACGAAGACCACCAAGGCACCGACAAGCACCACAACAGCACCAAACAAGGCACCAUCAAAGCACCAACCAUGCUCCAGCUCCAACUAAUCCUCCAACGAAAGAUCCGACACAAACACCGAUUAUGCCGGGAGCACCACAAAAGCACCUCAAAGGCACCUACAAAAGCACCCACGAAGGCACCACCAAGGCACCGACUAAAGCACCAACCAAGCACCGACAAGGCACCCACACAGCACCAAACAAGGCACCCAAAACUCACCACAAAAGCACCAAACAAGGCACCACAACAGCACCAAACAAGGCGCCUACGAAAGCACCGACUAAAGCACCACAAAGCACACAAAGCACCACCAAGGCACCUACAAAAGCACCAACCAAGGCACCUACGAAAGCGCCCACCAAGGCACCCACUAAAGCGCCUACAAAGGCACCGACUAAAGCACCAACCAAAGCACCUACAAAGGCCCACGAAAGCACCGACAAAAGCGCCAACCAAGGCACCACCAAGGCGCCUACUAAAGCGCCUACGAAAGCACCUACAAAGGCGCCUACGAAAGCACCGACUAAAGCACCUACGAAAGCACCAACCAAGGCACCAACUAAGGCACCUACGAGAGCACCAACCAAGGCACCACGAAAGCACCCACUAAAGCACCUACAAAGGCACCGACUAAAGCCAACCAGGCACCAACCAAGCGCCAACCAAGCACCAACCAAGGCACCAACCAAGGCACCCACUAAAGCACCAACAAAAGCACCCACCAAGGCACCAACUAAAGCGCCCACAAAGGCACCAACUAAAGCACCAACUAAAGCACCCACUAGAGCACCCACCAGGGCACCCACAAAAGCUCCGACCCCUCAACCAACCGAUCCUCCAACUCCUUCACCAACCGAUCCUCCAACUCCUUCACCAACGGAACCUCCGACUCCUUCACCAACCGAUCCUCCAACUGCAGCCCCUGUGACUGGAACCACAUUUUUAUCCCGGCCUUCACUGGAUUUUGCUAUUUCCGCUGGGUGUCUUCCAACAAUGACGGAACUACAAUCCCAAACUUACUUUGGACCCACACACCCUGACGGCCCUAUUGGUUCUUGGGAUGUCUCCCAAAUCACAGACUUCAACUCGCUUUUUGAUGCUUGCGAUCCAUUUAAUUCAAAUGUUAACGAUUGGACGACGGGACAAGUAGUAGACAUGGCUGCGGCCUUCCAGAACUGUCAUGUAUACAAUCAACCGCUCGACAAGUGGGAUACUUCGUCUAACGUCAAACUUGAAUGGAUGUUCCAUUGGAACGAAAAAUUCAAUCAAGACUUGACAACUUUCAAUACCGCGAAGGUGAAGAACUUUGUGGGCGCGUUUGCGCAUGCACGUGCGUUCGCCGGAGACAUCACUACUUGGAACGUCGCCGCAGGGUGGUGGUUUGACCAAAUGUUUGAUGACAACUUAGUUUUCAAUCAGGAUGUUUCGAGCUGGACCUUGACGAAAGCGGACACGCUUCGUGAUAUGUUCAACACAGCAGUUAAAUACAACAAGAACUUGUGCGGCUGGGGAGGUUCUUUUACGCAAAGCGCUCCAGACUUUAGCAAUAUCUUUUCGAAUACACUGUGUCCCAAUCAAGGUACUCCGAGUAUCUCGAGUAAUCCGAAUGGACCAUUCUGUCACACCUGCUAG